GCCGGAAGUCCAGGCUUUGCCUCCACUACAGAGAAAUGGCCGCUUACAUGCUUACAUUACAUUAGCAACAAGCCUCGGCGCUCAUCAAGCAAUGUCAGAUAGAGACGAAUCGACUGAAGCAGGACCAGCGGCUGCGCUCUUCUGUGCUCUGAAUCAGAUGAAGCUGAACUUGACCGCGCUGUAAUUUCGAUGCAGAGUCCGCUGCUCUCCAUGAAGUUUCACAUCAGCUGCUAGCUUUGUGCCAGCCGGCUAGCGUGCUAGCUAGCUGCAAAGCCGAGAGACCGAGCCACCUGUCACCCCGUCUCCCGUCGCUACUGCUUAUUAAUGGGAGAUAAAUAGGACCUUAAGAAAGUCGAGAAUUAUUUUUUAUUUCUAAAGAGGACAGUUAAUCGCGUAGCUCGGCGCCUAAAUGCCCGAACAAGGCCCCAGAAUGAAUGGGUUUUCUCUCGGCGAGCUGUGCUGGCUGUUCUGUUGUCCGCCCUGUCCCAGCCGCAUCGCGGCCAAGCUAGCCUUCCUCCCGCCGGAGCCCACAUACUCGGUUCACACUGAUGCAAACGGGGCCACCAGCUUACAUUUGACCGAACGGGCGGACUGGCAGUACUCCCAGCGGGAACUGGAUGCCGUGGAGGUGUUCAGCACCAGAAGCAGUCGGGGAAACAGGGUCGGCUGCAUGUUUGUGCGCUGCGCCCCAAACAGUCGCUACACGCUGCUGUUCUCCCACGGGAACGCCGUGGACCUGGGCCAGAUGUGCAGCUUCUACAUCGGCCUCGGCUCCAGGAUCAACUGCAACGUGUUCUCGUAUGAUUACUCAGGCUACGGGGUCAGCAGCGGCAAGCCGUCAGAGAAGAACCUGUAUGCGGACAUCGAGGCGGCCUGGCAGGUGCUGAGAAACAAGUAUGGCGUCACUCCAGAGAACAUCAUUCUGUACGGCCAGAGCAUCGGCACAGUGCCCACCGUCGACCUGGCCGCCCGCUACGAAUGUGCUGCUGUCAUCUUACACUCUCCGCUCAUGUCAGGGCUCCGGGUGGCCUUCCCUGAUACGCGCAAGACCUACUGCUUCGAUGCUUUCCCCAGUAUUGACAAAGUGUCCAAGGUGGCGUCUCCAGUGCUGGUGAUUCAUGGCACCGAGGACGAGGUGAUUGACUUCUCCCACGGCCUGGCCAUGUACGAGCGCUGCCCCCGUGCCGUGGAGCCCCUCUGGGUGGAGGGGGCCGGCCACAACGACAUCGAGCUCUACGCCCAGUACCUGGAGAGGCUCAAACAGUUCAUCUCCUUUGAGCUUCCCACGUCCUGAGGGAGGCCGCCGCUCCGGCCGGGCUCCACCACUACGCUCCCCCAGAAGCCUCCUCCUCCUCCUCAUUAUCUUCCAACCCCCUUUCUUUCUCUCGGAUAUGACUGAACUCAACGGAUCACACCACUCUCCUCUGUCUUAAGAGCCGCAUCAGGGUGGGAAUGUAGAAAUCAGACUGGAAAGGGGGUGGCUUUGGAUUGUUGGGUUAGGCCAGACCAGGCCCAGUAAAGCCUGGGCUAAACUUAGUGUCCUGAACCCUGGGCGGUGCUCACACACGUGGCCUGGACCGGGUUUGCACGUGAGCCCGGGCCCGCUCGGUGAUUGCACUCGCUCCUCGAUCUGGAUUCAUCUCCCACUCCAGCUCACUCAGCCUCUAUCUCUUGAUCCUCUGCUCUCCCUCUGUAACUCUCCCCUCCUCCACGCCGAGCGGAGGGUUCCCACUCUGAUGCCCGAGAUUCAAUCUGUCGGAUUUUACUUCACGUAUUCUUUCCCGUGUCUCACCCCCAAAAAAGCUCUUUUCCCUCUGACUUAGAGGCUUUGCAGUGCUCAUGCUUGAUUUUUGUAUUCUUUUAUACCCAGUGAAGAAUUAUCAAAUUUUGCACCUCGAGAUACACAAAUGAAGUUUUUUACUUUUUUCUGUAUUUUUAAGUUACCAUUCAGGGUUGAUUAAACUAACGCACUUUUAAUGUGCAGGUAUUUUCAGGUAAUCAUUUUUCUAUGUUUCAGUAUGUAUAUGUUGGAUUUAUUUUUUUGUUAUCUUAUUGGCAUUCCAUGUUUUUCUUAAUCAUGAGGAAAAACAAAAUCCUACUUUGUUUUUUGAAGGCUCGUGUGUGUGUUUGUGUCUUGUGUGUGUGUGUGUGUGUGUGUUUAAACAUUACCCAGAGUGCACCCUGUGCGUCUGGCCUUUGUAGCAGUGCUCUGGGUAGCGCCGGUACCUGCUGUUCUCUUGUGGAGAGAGAAAGUAAUGGCAGACUCCAUUCAGACAUCUGAUUAUUAAACGUAGCCCUGCUUAGUAGGCAGACGCAUGGACGUCGGAGAACACUACUUAAGACCUUUUCUCAGCUGGAGCCUCUGGUAAAUUGAGCGUACUUCCAGUCCACCCAGCAUUUAUUUUAAUCAAAUUCCAGCUGUUAGAAUUGGUUGGCCUGUAUGGAAGAGAAUUAGGGCCACACACCGUUUUUUUAGAUAAAUCUCAGAAUCCUGAAGGGGAAAAAGUCAAAAUGUUGAAAAUAAAGUCAGAGUUCUGACCAUAGUUUCAAAAUCCUUAGAUUCUUGUUGUUGUUUUUUUUUGUUUUGUUUUGUUUUUUCAGAAUUCUGAAGAAAUAGUCAAUCUGUAAAUGCUGAGACUAAACUCAGAAUUCUUACUUAAUUCUCUCUCUUUUUUUUUUUUUUACUUGAUUAAUAGUUUCAGAAUUCUCAUUCUCAUCUCAGAAAUCUGAGAGUAAUCUCAGAACUGUUUUUUUUAUUGUCAUGUGCCUCCAGUGCUCUUCCAUACACCUGUCUGACGCAUAAGCACACCAUGGAUGGUUACAAAAGAAGAUAUUUAAUUGAAAUAACUUCUGCCUGGUGGAUCAUCUGAAUGCAGAAUUUACCAGACAACUACACAAAUUCCUAAAAUGUUAAAUUCUGAUUUUUAUUGACCUCUGUUGGCAAGCAGUAUGAAUUGUAAGAACCCUGACAGGUCUCUCUUGCCCAGCUGACAGUGGCUUUCAACUGACACAAAUAAGAAGGUCACAUUUUUCCAAUUAGAAGAGUAAGCUUGUUAUUUUGAGCAGAGAUCCAAGCGAAUAAUGUAAUAAUUUUACUGGCAUGUCAUUUUGCUUUGCUGUUUUUUCUUGGAGUUAUGUUCCAUCAGGUGUGUACCCGAGGGCAAGGCGACACUGAAUUGCCCCAUUGCUGAAUGGAAAUAGGCCUGAUUUUCCCUCCCUACAAGACAGAAUAGCACAUAUUGGGGUUAUGCUCUUGUUAACUGGAGAUCAUGUGGUAAUAAUAACACUUGACAGCUGUUUCAAAGAGAAUCACACUUGACUCUGUACUGUAAACUGAAGCCAGGGAGCACGGUGCUGGGUUUAUCUGUGGAUCGAUGGGAGGAGUGCUCGCAAUGUGCAGAUGUUCCCUCAUUGAUCUGUGAAAUCUGUUCCAUUUGAAGAUUGUCAGCGUUAACGUGCCGUCGGUGGGCUUGGGUGUGUACGUUCUUUAUCAAUCAUUUCACACUACAAACAAAGCCUUACGCCUAUGGACUUUGGACAUUUUACCCAAGUAUUCCUGUCGACUAGAACGGGGCUCUCACGGUCUUCAGGAGAACCGAUUGCUGCUAUUCGUUGGAAGAAUUCGUCAACCCAUCAGUCAAUCACUGUGAAAACCAGACAGUUUGGGGAAUACUGAAACGACAGCAAGGUACUAAAACCAAAUUGAGUCUGAUCAUUUGUCAACCCCCUUUUUUCCUGGCCAUGUCUACCCCUGUCUGCAAGUCUGCAGGGAGUGGCCAUGGCUGAACACUCCUGAACACCAACGCCAUUAUCUACUGAGCCCCUGUGUUACUUUGCUUUCAUCCCAGCUCCAAAGACGUCUGAAAGCAUCAUGAAAAGGAACAGGAUGCUGUGGAACUAAGCAACGCAUGCAAAUCACUUGUCAUAGUGGUGGACAUUCUCAUCUUGCAUCAACUAUCUUUGAAUCGUAUCGUCUUUGCUCCCCCCUGCAAAUGAAGAAGAAAAAAAAAAAAGAAGUACAACACUACCGCAUCUUCAAAGAAAGAUUGUAUUUGAAGGAUAUUUGCAUAGCAACUUGUGAUAAUCGUUUGAUUGAUCCGUGUAUUGCUGUGAGGUGGUUUGUCAGUUGGGUUUUAGUGUUUUCUCAUAGCUAACGUCGGGCCAGUGUUUUUGGAAGACAAGCCCUCACCCAUCUCUCUAGUAUAUUUACUGUAGCUCCUCUUUUUAAAGGAAAUGAAAACCCUGCUUUAGUCCUAAUUAUUGUUUUGAUACUGACAUUUUUACGAGGUUUUCCAGUAUAAAUGUUGAUAGAUUUACACUGUCUCUGAAGCUGGUUUGUACGAUAAUCCUGUGUAAUGGUAUACUUCAGUAUCUUCUCUAUACAUAUAAGCCCUGACAAAGGGGCGUUUAGUCUUCUUGAUUUUAACACUGGAAUCACAAUAUGCAAAUGAAAUGCAGAAAAGCUAGUAGAGUCAGAUUUUUGGUAAUAGCGUGUAAAACAGAUGAAAUAAAAGCCUUAAAUGUGCCGUAAAACAGAUUGUCUUUUAUGUGGGUGUUGUUGCGAGAGGGCAGCACACUGGAUGUUUUAAUGCUUAAACGGAAUAAAGGAUGCAUGGAA